GCUCAUCGACCACAAAAAGACCAAAAAAUAAAGGUGAGAAUGUGGGGUUUACACGUCCAGGCAGCUGAGUUCCUUUUCUCAGCUCAGAAUAAAACAGUGUUUGUCUGCUCAGUCAUUUCAGUCUGUAUGAGGACGAGGAUGAAGAUCUACAGCUGCCUGUUAGCCUUUGUUCUGGGCUGUAAUGUCACUGCAGAAAUAAUCCAUGAAGUAUUUGAGGAGAAGGCCUCCAUCUCUCUGCGAUGUCCUCACUCUGUGGAGGGUAAAGUGACGUGGAGCAGAGAGAUUAAUGGAAACAAAGUUGACAUAUUUACAGUUGAUGGUGACAGGGAGAUGAGACACAAUGACCCAGGCAGACGAUACGGUUCAGAGGCAGAUAAGACACUUCACAUUCGCAGAGUUACCGUCUCAGACACUGGAAGAUACUUCUGUAAUAAUGAACCGGCUGUGGAGCUGACGGUGAUCCCAUCAGGGACAGUCAGACUCACUGCUACAGAGAGGACCAGCGUCACUCUGAAAUGCCCUCCUGAUGUUGGAGGAUCAGAUGUUCCAACAUGGAGCAGAGACACUGGUGAAAUACAACAACAAAGAAGGUUUUAUGUUUCACCAGUUGACAAGACGUUGACUAUAGCAGACGUGCAGCCUGGUGACUCUGGACUUUACUACUGUGAUGGAAAACCAGCUGUGUAUCUGAAUGUGACCAAAGGUAACAAGGCCAUAGCAACCUCAAAACUAACAACUCCAAAUACGCCUUCAGCAAGACAAACAGAAGCAAGAACAACAUCGACGGCAGCAGCACCUCCUCCAGCAGCAAUAUCUGUAUCAUUAACACCGACUCCGGCAAACACUGAUACAACUACAACAAAGAAACAAAGUCACAACAAGAAACCUGGGGGAAAAAACGACAAGGACAAGAAACCACCUCUUGGUUUGGUGUUUGGAAUAGUUGUCCCCUUCCUCAUCCUUCUCCUCAUCAUCAUCUACUUUACUUGGAGAUGCAGGUUUAAAAAACAAGGAUGUGAAGAAAGGUACCCUGUCUAUGAUGAGAUAGAGGAUGGAUUAGAGUUUCAGCCUACAAAGGGUAUAGAUGCAUACUACAUGCCAGAUGUUUCAGAUGGAUCAAAUGAAAAUGAGCCGACGUAUUCCACCAUCCCUGAUCUUGUCACCAGUGGAAAAGAAGACUGGUAAAGCCUGAGCUCCCUACUGAGCUCUCACCAACAUUUACACUCACACAUUUUAAGGUUGAACCAAAUAUUCUGGUGAUAUAUUUCUGGAUACAUACUAUUUAUAUUCAUUAUAUUUAAUUUCUUUCCACGGACACAUUUCUACCUAAUGAGUCCCCAUAUUCCUUGAUUGACACCACUUUACUUGAGGGGGCACAAAAAAAAGAAACUAAUAGGUGCUGUUUAGCACAUUAUUCAGAAAUAAUCAAGAACUAUGCAUUACGUAAGGACCAUUAUAAGGAUUCACAAAUACCCAUGAACAAUUAAUAACAUAUUAGUUCAUUAACACAAUAUCCAGCCCUGUCUCCUAGAAAUUACAACUAAUUUGCAACAGCAAAUACAUUUUGAGGGAAAUGUAAUGCCGACCGAAUUACAUUUUCUAUUGAAUUCUAUUGAAGAAAUGUUGUUAAUUAACAUACCUGCCAAGUCGCAAAAAUGUUGAUACUAAAGUAUCAGCAAAACCUUCACUGACAACAUAACCUUUUAGUUUAUUUUCUGCCAAAAUAAUAGGCUACAAUAUCCACUCAUAGUGACUACAGCAUUUAUCAUUUUUUUCAUGGUUAUGUUAUUGCGACCAGUUCUCACUCCCAAGUCGUCAAAUACUGAAGCUUGGUCAGUGUCCCUUCUGCUUCAAAAUAUGACACUGUAGGUAACCCUCCAGCGUCAUUUCUGGAUGCGCCUGUCUUCAAAUUCAGGUGAUGUCGUUUACAGAGCGCAGAAGUCUGCAUAUGGAGGUGGUGGGGCGGUGUCAUGGAUGUAUUAUAAGAACUGGAUACCGGACCCCAAAAUGGCAACGACGUUGCGCAUUUAUUAUUGCUAACUUGACCGGACGUAGCAUAUUUAUUGUUGCUAACUUGACCGCAGAGCCCUGCGAGUCCAGAAAUGAUGCUAGAGGGGUACCUACAGCGUCACAUUUUGAAGAGGUGGGCCGCUGACCAAGUGGCAGUAUUUGACGAGUUAGUUAGUAAUCAAAAUCACAGUCUUUCCCUAAACUUAACCACAGUGCAUUGUUGGCUAAUUUAACCAUAGGAGUCUAGACGUGAACCCUGGAUUCUGGUGUGGCAGUCCUGCACUUUGUACACCCACCGUCCACCCCAACCACCUCCAGUGCAGUACAUAACUGUACUGUUUCUUUCACAAAAAGAAACAUUGUCUCUGAAUAUAAUCCAGGCAGCGAUUACGUUGUCAUCACAAUGUAAUUAGAAAAACAACUUAGUAAUAUACAAAUGUAAUUUCUAGAAGACAGGGCCGCAGAAUUGUCGUUUCUCUAUUAAGUAAUCAUUAGCUACUCUAUAAAAUUUGAUUAGGAGUUACUCAAGAACUGCCCGUUAACUAAUGGUUUACUAGCAGUUAUUUCCUCAUUCGUUCCUCAUUUGUUCCCUGGUAGCUCCUCAAAAUGUUUUGUACCUUUAUUGUAAAGUGUUACCAGUAACUUUAAUUAUUGGCUCCUCAUUAAGGCCGGUAUGUUAUUAAAUGUGAACUCAUUAAAUACUUGCGCACUGUAAGUUUAUUUAUAGAAAUAUAUCAUAUAUACAAAUUUGCCUCUUAGGAAAAAAGCACGUGUCUUAUUACAUGUGAAUUUUAAGACGCUCAUGUCAUUCUCAUAUAUGAAACUUUGGUUCACAUAGGAAAUCACAACAUAAUGGUAACAUGUAAAACUAGCUUUUUCACAUGUGGAAAAUUACAUUUUACAUGAAUUUUUUUUAUCUUACAAGUGUGCCUUAAAGCUCCAUGAAAUGUACCUUUGGAACGUGUAUUAUAUGUCUUAUAUUUUGAUUAACAAUAAUAAAUAAGAAAAACUAAACAUUAUGUUUUAUGUAAAUAGUAGCUACGUUAUUUUACCUAAACCACAUCAUUUCCUUACACAGGCCAAUAAUAGAUGAAUUUGUGACAUUACAAUACAUCUGUGUCACAAUACAUAUAUAUAUACAUAUACAUUAUACAUAAUAUAAUCUGUGGUUUGUAGAUUCUGACCUGUUUUUUUUAUUAUAAAUAAAUAGAAAACCUUCUCAUGCCUUGUUUCUUUGUUUGAGUUUAAAUCUUUUUGUAAAUGUAUUUGUCAUGAUUUAUUUUAUUAAA